AUGGUCGCUAUCGGCGGUAAUGGAGACCCAAAUUAUCAACCACGAACUGGCCCGGACGUCAACCAGACGAGCUGUGCCGAAUUUUGCGCACCCUUUCCCUACUACGCACGACAGAGAACAACUUGUACCUGCGGAAACACCGUCACCGGAGACAGCAUCGACAUAAGCUUUUGCGACCCUUCGAAUUGUGAGGGCACUGGGGACGACCACUGUGGUGCUGCCGGCUACGAUUACAUUCUGCAACAUGAUCCUGUCACAGCCACCAGCACCACGUCCACGGCAACUGAGACCUCUACCGCGGAUGAUACUUCUGAAACUGAUUCUACCGCUACUGCUACCGAUGAUGCCACCGCUACCGACAGUACGGCUACCGCAACGGAUGAUGCCACUGCCACGGAUGAGGCGACGGCUACGGACACAGACAGCGCUGCUACUGCUACGGACAGCACAACUACCGCGACGGACGAGGCUACAGCCACUGAUGAGUCCAGCACAGCCACUGAUGAAGCGACUACCACGGACACAGAUAACACUACGACAGCCACGGACGAGGCCAGCACAACCACUGAUGCCGCCAGUACAACUACCGAUGAGGCCAGUACAACUGCUGACCCGGACGAGGUCGCCACUACAGACAGUAGUACAUCCACGGCUACGGACGAAGCUACUUCCACGGAUUCCAGUUCAACUGAGGAACCGUCUAGCACCACUGAGACAUCCAACGAGGCCACUAGCACAACCGAGGAUGCCAGUACAACGGAAACUUCCACAGAGGCCGCUAGCACAACCGAGGAUACCAGUACAACAGAAACCUCAGUUGGAGUGACAAGCACAACUGAAACUUCGAGCACAGAGACUUCCAGCGAGCCGACCAGCACUGAAGAAGACGUCAUCAGCACAUCGACCGAAGCAACUAGCUCUACAGAAGAAGCGAGCACAACGGCGACCUCUACAGAAGCAACUAGCACAGAUGAGCCAAGCUCAACUGAGGCUACUUCGACGGAAGAUACAUCAACAGAAGCUGCAUCGACUGAUACCAGCGCCACCGAGACAUCUACCGAGAUUAGCACGACUGAGACGUCCACUGAAGCUAGCACUACGGCCACACCCGCGGAGACUAGCACUACGGCGACUUCAACUGAACCUAGCAGCUCGUCAACGGAGGUCGAAUCUACCAGCUCCACGGAACCCUUGUCUACCAGCACAGCGGAGGUCGCGUCAACAACGGCAUCGUCCGAGACUUCCGCCGAGCCGACUACAACUUCCACUUCUUCCGAAUCACCGAUUGCGACGACCAGCACCACAUCUCCUGAAUCAUCUACUGACCCGAAGACGAGCAGCACCAGCUCGGAGCCUCCUGUUGAAUCGACUACUGCCACAUCCAGCUCCGAGCCUGAGUCGACCACCAGCAGCGCGACAUCUGAAGCUCCUGUUGAGCCAACGACAAGCACCUCCUCUACUACGCAAGAGACGCCCAGCAGCACAAACUUCAACUUCUUCUACGGAGCCCCCGGUGGCGCCUACAACGAGCACCACAACCUCCGAGCCCCCUGUGCAGCAAACAUCGACUUCCUCAACGGAAACUCCAGUCCAGCCUACGACUUCGUCUACUUCUACGGAAGUUCCAGUCCAGCCUACGCCUACUUCGACGUCUUCGACGGAGAAUCCUUCAACUUCGUCUUCAGCACCUCCUGUUCAACCGACGUCGAGCAGCAGUACAUCAGAGGUUGCAGUGUCAAGCUCAACCCCAUCUCCCUCGCCUUCGCCGUCGCCUUCGCCUUCACCAUCCCCCUCGCCUUCCCCGUCGCCUUCACCAACCCCCUCGCCUUCCCCGUCGCCUUCACCAACCCCCUCGCCCUCGCCUUCGCCCUCGCCUUCGCCCUCGCCUUCGCCCUCGCCUUCGCCCUCGCCUUCACCAUCCCCCUCACCUUCGCCAGAGCCCAGCCCGUCUCCGUCACCGGAACCUUCUCCCAGCCUCUCGCCAUCUCCGAGCCCCUCACCGGCUCCCAGUCCAUCACCAGAGACUUCACCAAGCCCAACUCCCAGCCCCUCGGAAUCUCCCUCCCCGAUUCCUACCCCAGAGCCCGAGUCUUCCCAAAGUCCGCCACCCGUGCCCUCCUCGGCAGAUGCGCCGCCGAAUUCAACCCCACCGGCAAGCCCGACAUCGCCUUCGUCAGGCGGAACGGUCACCUCGGCAAGCCCAUCAUCUUCUGCAUCUGUUUCAAUCUCUGUACUCAGCACCGAGCCCGUGGCAUUCGAGGAAGUCUUCAAAAUCCAACCUGGCGAAGCUUUGAUCGUGAACUUUGA